AGUUCACACCAGUGAUUAGUCCCCUGUGAUAAGAGUAUAGAUAAAAUAUGCGGCUAAUCUAACCGUUAUUACAAUGGCGACGGUAGUCGAGAACAGUGUGAUGGCGAGUACGAACCUAUGGUUAGAGUGUUUAGGUUGGUUAAGAAGAUGUGGAGUUGCUUUGCCGGAUCAUAUUCCGUCAACCAGGAACCUCGAGUGUUUCAGUCAUUAUCUUCGCGAUGGUGUCGUCCUCUGCCACUUGAUUCAUCUGCUCAACCCGAGUUCUUUGGAUUUUUUUUUCGAUGUUAGUGAGCUAAGCAGCAUGGAUCCCGACGAAAAUGAGGAUCUCUGCCUGCAAAACAUUGAAGCCUUUUUAGAGAUUUGCCAGAUGGACUUUGGUUUGGCCAGACGCGACUUGUUCGAACCAGCAAUGUUGUAUCAUCUGGAUGAUUUCGAUCGCGUACUCUACACUUUGUCCCAGCUAUCCAAGUCUCCUAGAGUUGCUCGACUUGGAAUUAUGGGAUUUCCCGUUCCCCAUGUAUCGGGCAGCGAUGACCAAACAACAGGGGAUCAAACUGGUCAAAACAGUUUCGUACGACCGAUUUCCACUAUCUACGAUCCGGCUAACGAAGUUAUCUACAUGAGCAUCCUUUCAAACAACUUUCAACGUAGCACAAGUUUGACCAAUUCGACGCAGACCGCAACUAUGCCAACCGAUCCAGUCGAACGAACCGUUCAGAAAAUGUGCAAUGUUGAAAGGGAUUACAUUAUGGUAUUGACCAUCAUGGAGGAAAUGAUGGUUGGGCCCCUAUCGAAAAUUUUAACCACCCAGGAGCAAUCGACUAUAUUUUAUGGGAUCAAGGAACUAAACCAAAUCCAUCAACAAAUCCAUCGCGAAUUGCUGAGUGUGAUAAGCAGUAAAGUAAAACAGCCUCUGACAAAGUUGUACAUUGUUUUUCUGAACUGGAAAGACAAGCUGCACAUUUAUCAACGGUAUGCUGCUAAUUUACCACUUGCCCUGCAUGUCGUGGGAAGAGUCUAUAGGGCAAAGAAAAAUCUAGCAAAGGAAGUUGAGCUGGCACAGGGAAAUUUGAGAGAUCACUUCAAAUUGACAAAUCUCCUUCUUCAGCCGAUUCAGCACCUAAGCCAAUAUGUCGUACUUUUUGGAGAAUUAAAUAAAUACAUUCCCGAGAAUCAUGAAGAUUACCAUGGGAUUAAGAUUGCUGGCCACUGCAUGUCAGAGCUCGUUGAAGAUGUCAAUGCCAUAAAAAAGGACAGUUUUAUCUUACAAACGCUUAAGCACGCCCAGUCGAAAAUUGAUUGCUGGAAACCCACGAAAUCGAUCCUGAGUGAAUUUGGACGAUUUUUUAGAAACGGUUCUUUGAAAGUCAGUUUCUCCACAGCCAUCAACAGCCACGAAAAGACAAAAUACCAGGUCUUUCUCUUUAGUCGGAUGGUGGUCUUUUGCACGCCGAAGUCGAAAAUGAGAGGCCUGAGAACGAUAUCGCGCAAUCAGCAGUUCACCUACCACUCCCAUCUACUUCUGCAAAACUACGCCGUUGAGGAGUUAGUAGGUUUAGCUGGCUUUUUUGAGGCUUCUACGACUCCGUGGACGAGUUGCUGGAGAGUGAAAGGACCCACAGGAAAAACAAGUGUUAUCUUCUACAGCAAAACGCACGAGGAACGACGGAAGUGGAUUGAGAGCUUCAAAGUUGUCAUGGAUCGGCUACAUCCUUCGUUGGACAACACUGAUGCAAAAACGCAUACUUUUGUACUUCAGACAUUCUCCUCUAAAGCCAUUUGCCAUGUCUGCCACAAAUUGCUCAAAGGCCUUCUUGAUCAGGGUUAUCGAUGUGGAAAGUGCAGCCAAUCAUUUCACAAAAAAUGCUUAGAACUUUCCCAAACAUGUGAGUUUGGUGCCGAGGAGAUAUAUGCCAACGCAGAUUCUGAACACGAAUCUGGAAUUUAUGAAUGUACGUCAUUGAACACAUCGGCGCGAUCAUCUUAUUGGUCCGAAGCAUCGUCUUACCAGUCAGAAGGAGUUCUAAGCCCUCCAGUUAGUUUUGCAUUUCAGCUUUAUGAAACACCAGUCCAGCAGGUUAAAGAUAUGGACCAGUCAGAUGAUGGCCUGGAAUCUCAGCUCUGGUACGGUGGAUCAAUAAGUGCUCAAGAAGCCACUGCAUACCUCGCCGGAAGUGACCCGGGAACGUUUCUUGUCAGAAAGAGAGAUCCUAAAAGCCAGGACGCUUUGUCUGCACCAUUUGCCAUAAGUGUUGUGAUGAACACUGGAGUAAAACAUAUUAAAAUACAGCAUUUUAAGACAGAGCCUGAAGAAAACGAGUAUAUUGCUCUUGGUCUAAGUUGGAGCAAGCAUGAAUUCUUUUUGGUUCCUGGAAACACAUUCCCCACCAUCAAUGACCUUGUAUGCUGGUACAGCCACAACUUCCUCAGUGAAGAAGUUACACGGGUCAUGGAUGUUUAUUUGAAAGCACCAUUCAGGGUGGACCCCAAUAGCAUGCAGUAUACAUCUUUAUGAAUUCCAAGGAUACCGUUCCAGUUCAUGCACCUAUAUUUAAACUAGAACUGCAAUCGGUAAUGAUAUGGCCAGAUGCUAAACAGAAAUAGCAAAAGUUUACAAAUA